AAAAGAAGAUGGCUCACACUUUCAAUUUAUAAAUUAAUAACUUUUGCCAUCACUUGUCAAACUGAAAUGAAGAGAAAUUCAAUGGAGCUAAUUUAAACGUUUGACUUCCACAAAUCAAUUUUUUCAUUGAUCAAUUUUUUUUUCUAAAUUCAUGAUUAUGCUCCAUAAUCCGUUAAUAUUUACUUUUUUAAAUCAAAUUUUGUUUUCUUUUAUCUCUGCUCAACAUUCACCGAAUAGUUUAAUAAAUGAAGAAUGUAACUUGAACAAAAAUAUGACAUUGGGAAAUAAUAGUUUAGAAACAGAAAUACAACAUUUAUUAUCCACUUAUGUUCGUACUGAACGACCUAGAAAUUUACAAAUGAUUAAAACAAACAAUAAUUCACAAAAGUCAAUGAAUUAUGUCCCAUACAAUGGACCAUUAAUUGUAGAAGUUAAUACAUUUAUACAUAGUUUCAGUUCAAUUAGUGUAGUUAAUAUGGAUUUUACAGUUGAUUUUAUGUUGCGUCAGCGAUGGUUAGAUACAAGACUGAAAUUGUCUUCUGGCUAUAACUUUACUCAGUUGCCUAUUUCCUAUGCCAAAAACCAAAUUUGGAUCCCGGAUUUAUUUUUUCGUAAUGCUAAACAUGGAUUUUUACAUGACAUGACUACACCAAACUAUUUAAUUUGGCUUGAUUCGAAUGGUUUGAUCACAUUCAGUCAGAAAAUAUCCAUGAAAUUAUCAUGUCAUAUGACUUUGCAUUCAUUUCCGUUUGAUUCACAACACUGUACAAUAAAUAUCGGUAGUUAUGGAUAUUCAAAAAGUGACUUAGAAUUUCGUUGGUGGAAUACAGAUGGAUACGAUCAGUUUGGUCUGAUACCUACAACAAAUCAAUCAAGAUCUAUGGCUGUACAAAUACGGUCUGGAUUAGAAAUAAAUGAAUUUGACUUAUUAUCUUAUGAUACAAGCUAUUGCAAAAUGGAAUACUCUACUACUGGUCGAUUUUCUUGUAUAGAAGCUGUAUUUCAUUUAAAGAGACGAUUUGGUUUUUAUCUUAUUUAUGCUUAUCUACCUUCUCUUCUUUUGGUGGUAAUUGCAUGGUUAUCAUUUUUUGUAGAUUAUGAAGCUGUACCAGCUCGUAUUUCCAUCGGACUUUUGUGUGUUUUAGCUUUAAUCACACAAAGUGCAGCUAUAUUAACUCAAGUACCACGAGUUUCAUACAUUAAAGGAAUUGAUAUUUGGUUAUUUGUAUGUUUAGCGUUUGUUGUUAGCUCAUUACUUGAAUUUGCUAUUGCAAAUUCAUUAGCUAGACGAAGAUCAAAGUCAGGUAGCUUAAAUUCAAUAAAUCAUAUCAGUAAUGAUUGUAUAGUUUUAACAACAUCUGAUGAACUAUUAGACUUUCUGCAAAAAUACAUUAAUAAAGUAAAAAAUAAUGAUGACCAAUCUGAUGAAAAAACAUUAAGAAAUAAUAACGACUUAUGUAAAACUCAUAAAAAUAUUUCUUCAACAAGUACACCACCAAAAUCAGUAAUUCGAAAUUUUGAUCCAUUAUCAAAUAAACAAAAGAAGAUUAUAUUCUGUGAUGGUAGUCAUCAAGUAAUAAAAUGUAAACAUCUUGAUAAAUCAUUUUUAUUAGAUCGUAUAUGGUCUAUUAUUUAUCCUAUAGUAUUUGCUAUAUUCAAUGGAAUUUAUUGGAUAUAUUUUCUUAAAUAUCAAUAAAUACUACUUUUAUGAAAAUAAAUUGAACAUUUAUGGUACAUUUUACAUUCAUUGAAUUUGAUUACAUUAAACAAAACUCUUCCCUCUUCAUUCAUUAUAUUAUUAAUAUGUGGAUAUUUGAUUACAUUAUUCUAGUCAUAGUUAUUUUGUUAAAGUCGAUUUUCUUCAUUCUUUAAGUUUAUACAUAAUUGUUCAUUUCGAAAGUAAUAAUAUAGUGAACAAGAACAACAGUGGGGACAAUCGAAUGUAUUUAAUACAAAAUUGCAGAACUUGGUAAGAAAAUCUAAAAAUCUUAAAAUAAAUGCUUAAUUUGCAAAAUGUCGACCAAUUGUCUCAAAAUGACUUAGACUUCAUUGUUCUUGCAUUUCCAUACAAAUUACAUCCUGUUUCCAUUCUUUACUGUUCGACCCUCUUGUCUCUUUGUGGCGAGACUAUAAUUUAUGGACGAACAUAUCAGAUAAAAGAUAACAAGUCAUGAAUUUAGGUGCGAAAUUCAUCCAUACAUUUGGCUAAAUAGAGUUUUGGCAUUCAUAGCUGAUGUUAAUUCCUGAUGAAAACCCUAAAUCUAAUUUUUAACUCUAACCAUCAAUUGUAAAUGAGAAUUCUAACUUUUAUAAUCCUCAUUUAGUCCUCAUUAGUAGUUGUUCACUCUCAUGAUCACUUCAGCAUCGCUCAAUGGUCGUCCAUAAAUUAUAGUCUCAUCAUAAUACUUUAUAAAGUAUUUGUAAAUAUCUUUUAACAUUACGGUGGGAUUAAUUUAACAAAUUUGAAAAUUAUGUAACUAUUACUGAUAAAUUUAUUUUAUUUAUCUUAUUUAAUUUAUUUGAAAUAUAAUUAGUAACAAAUAUACAAUAAUAAAUUCGGUUUGUUUACAAAUCAGUACAAUGUUACAUAAAAUAUGGUGAAUCUUUAAGAGAGUAAGCAUUAACUACACUUAACUAUGUAUAUCUUACCAGAGAUAUAAUUAUUACAGUAGCAUUUGAUUGUAUGAGAUAAACAAUGUGUUAUUUAUGAAUAACGAUAUAUAUAUAAUAGUUUCAUUAUUUCUAAUGUGAAUAAACAAGCUUUGAUGUUAUAUAUACAUUAAAAUAUAAAAAAGAAUUUGUUUAUAUUCGAUUUAAUGAAGCUUUAUGAAAUAUUGGUUUUGUAUUACUAGUAAUCAUCGUCAUUUUUUGAAAAUGUGAAGAUUGAAACCUGAAAUAACAUUGACAAGUUUUGUGGCCUCAAUGUUCUCGAAUUGCUUACCAUACCAAAUUGUAACAUAGUUACGGAAUUAAAUUGCAGAUAAACUUUCAUGACAAUUGCCAACUAAACGUAAACUAAAGUCAAGGGUUUCACAACAAUUACUUACAACCAUAUAACAUCUCAGACACACUAAAUGAUGACCAUGAAUUUACAUUUUAAGUAUGGAAUAUAUUUUCUUUUUGUCAGUAUGGAGUUGUGGAGAUUAUUAAGUUUUUGAUUGGUAUCAUGAAUGGAUGGAUGUUAGAUCACCAAUGAAAACCUGGAAG